GCCGCAGCCCCGCGAUGGUGGCCGCCCGCGCUCCCGCGCUGUAGCCGGGCGCCCCCUAAGUUUGGGAGCCGCCGCCACCGCGGCGCGGACAGCAGAGUGCAGAAGAGGAAGAAAGUUUUGCGGGGUGCGCCGAGCCGGCCCUGGGCGCACCUCCCGCGGCUUCCUCCCGGCUUCCCAGCGCCCGGAGCCCAUCAUCGGGGAGCGGCGGGAGGCAGCAUGGCCCGCGAGGCGGAGGACGACGAGACAGCGGGGGCGGCCGCCCUGGCUCGCUGCUGUCCGGGCUCGCUUGGCUGGGCCGGGGCCGGGGCGCGGAGGCCGCCCCUCUGGCUGCUCUGCCUGGUCGCAUGCUGGCUGCUGGGCACAGUGGCCGACGCCGAUUUCUCCAUCCUGGACGAGGCACAAGUGUUGGCGAGCCAAAUGCGGAGGCUGGCGGCCGAGGAGCUGGGAGUCGUCACCAUGCAGCGAAUAUUCAACUCGUUUGUUUACACUGAGAAAAUCUCAAACGGAGAAAGUGAAGUACAGCAGCUAGCCAAAAAAAUCCGUGAGAAGUUCAACCGAUACUUGGAUGUGGUCACUCGGAACAAGCAAGUUGUAGAAGCAUCCUACACGGCUCACCUAACCUCCCCGUUAACUGCAAUCCAGGACUGCUGCACUAUUCCACCUUCCAUGAUGGAAUUUGAUGGGAACUUUAAUACCAAUGUAUCCAGAACGAUUAGUUGUGAUCGACUUUCUACUACUGUUAAUAGCCGAGCCUUCAAUCCAGGACGAGAUUUAAAUUCAGUUCUUGCAGACAACCUGAAAUCCAACCCUGGAAUCAAGUGGCAAUAUUUCAGUUCAGAAGAAGGAAUUUUUACUGUUUUCCCAGCACACAAGUUCCGGUGUAAGGGCAGCUAUGAGCAUCGCAGUAGACCCAUCUAUGUCUCUACUGUCCGGCCGCAGUCCAAGCAUAUAGUUGUGAUCCUGGACCACGGGGCUUCAGUCACGGACACCCAGCUCCAGAUCGCCAAGGACGCUGCUCAGGUCAUCCUUGGUGCCAUCGACGAACAUGACAAGAUUUCUGUGCUAACUGUGGCUGACAGUGUCAGGACUUGCUCACUAGACCAGUGCUACAAGACCUUCCUCUCACCAGCCACCAGCGAGACAAAACGGAAGAUGUCCACUUUUGUUAGCAGUGUCAAGUCUUCAGACAGCCCCACCCAGCACGCAGUGGGAUUUCAAAAGGCAUUUCAGUUGAUUCGAAGCACAAACAAUAACACAAGGUUCCAAGCAAAUACAGACAUGGUCAUCAUUUACCUGUCAGCUGGCAUUACAUCAAAGGACUCUUCAGAAGAAGAUAAAAAGGCAACUCUUCGUGUCAUCAAUGAAGAAAAUAGCUUUCUGAACAACUCCGUAAUGAUUCUCACCUAUGCCCUCAUGAACGAUGGGGUGACUGGCUUGAAAGAGCUGGCUUUUCUGAGGGAUCUGGCUGAACAGAACUCUGGGAAGUAUGGUGUGCCAGACCGGACAGCACUGCCAGUAAUUAAGGGCAGCAUGAUGGUGCUGAACCAACUGAGCAACCUGGAGACCACCGUCGGCAGGUUCUACACAAACCUUCCCAAUCGGAUGAUUGACGAGGCUGUCUUCAGCCUCCCCUUCUCUGAUGAGAUGGGAGAUGGUUUGAUAAUGACUGUGAGUAAACCCUGUUAUUUUGGAAACUCACUCCUGGGAAUUGUCGGUGUGGAUGUGAACCUGGCUUACAUACUUGAAGACGUGACCUAUUACCAAGACUCUUUGGCUUCUUAUACUUUUCUCAUAGACGACAAAGGGUAUACACUUAUGCAUCCAUCCCUUACCAGGCCAUACUUACUAUCAGAACCCCCCCUUCAUACUGACAUCAUACAUUAUGAAAAUAUCCCAAAAUUUGAGUUGGUUCGGCAAAAUAUCCUAAGCCUCCCUCUAGGCAGCCAGAUUAUCACAGUCCCUGUGAACUCAUCCCUGUCUUGGCAUAUCAACAAGCUGAGGGAGACUGGAAAGGAAGCCUACAAUGUCAGCUAUGCCUGGAAGAUGGUACAAGACACUUCCUUUAUUCUGUGUAUUGUGGUGAUACAACCAGAAAUACCUGUCAAACAAUUGAAGAACCUUAACACUGUGCCUAGCAGCAAGCUGCUAUACCACCGGCUGGAUCUCCUGGGCCAGCCUAGUACAUGCCUCCACUUCAAACAGCUGGCAACUCUAGAAAGUCCAACUGUCAUGCUGUCUGCCGGCAGCUUUUCCUCCCCCUACGAGCACCUCAGCCAGCCAGAGACAAAGCGCAUGGUGGAGCAUUACACAGCCUACCUCAGUGAUAACACCCGCCUCAUUGCUAACCCGGGACUCAAAUUCUCUGUCAGAAAUGAAGUAAUGGCUACCAGCCACGUCACAGAUGAAUGGAUGACACAAAUGGAAAUGAGUAGCCUGAACACUUACAUUGUCCGCCGUUACAUAGCAACGCCCAAUGGCGUCCUCAGAAUUUACCCUGGUUCCCUCAUGGACAAAGCAUUUGAUCCCACUAGGAGACAGUGGUAUCUCCAUGCCGUAGCUAAUCCAGGGUUGAUUUCCUUGACUGGUCCUUACCUGGAUGUUGGAGGAGCUGGCUAUGUUGUGACAAUUAGUCAUACAAUUCAUUCAUCCAGUACACAGAUGUCUUCUGGGCACACUGUGGCUGUGAUGGGCAUUGACUUCACACUUAGAUACUUCUACAAGGUUCUGAUGGACCUAUUACCAGUUUGUAACCAAGAUGGCGGCAACAAAAUAAGGUGCUUCAUAAUGGAGGACAGGGGAUACCUGGUGGCACAUCCAACUCUCAUUGACCCCAAGGGACAUGCACCUGUGGAACAGCAGCACAUCACCCACAAGGAGCCCUUGGUAGCAAAUGAUAUCCUAAACCACCCUAACUUUGUGAAGAAGAACCUGUGCAACAGCUUUAGUGACCGAACAGUCCAGAGGUUUUACAAAUUCAACACCAGCCUUGUGGGGGACUUGACGAACCUUGUGCACGGCAGCCACUGUUCUAAAUACAGACUGGCAAGGAUCCCAGGAACCAAUGCAUUUGUCGGCAUUGUCAAUGAGACUUGCGACUCCCUUGCUUUCUGUGCUUGUAGCAUGGUGGACCGACUCUGUCUCAACUGUCACCGAAUGGAACAAAAUGAAUGUGAAUGUCCUUGUGAGUGCCCCCUAGAGGUCAAUGAGUGCACCGGCAACCUCACCAAUGCAGAGAACCGAAACCCAAGCUGCGAGGUCCACCAGGAGCCGGUGACAUACACAGCUAUUGAUCCUGGCCUGCAGGAUGCCCUGCACCAGUGUGUCAACAGCAGGUGCAGCCAGAGGAUAGAGAGUGGGGACUGUUUCGGUGUGCUGGAUUGUGAAUGGUGCGUGGUGGACAGUGAUGGAAAGACUCACCUGGACAAAUCCUACUGUGCACCCCAGAAGGAAUGCUUCGGGGGGAUUGUGGGAGCCAAAAGUCCCUACGUGGAUGACAUGGGAGCAAUAGGUGAUGAGGUGAUCGCCCUAAACAUGAUCAAGAGUGCCCCCGUGGGUCCUGUGGCUGGAGGGGUCCUGGGCUGCGCCAUGGUGCUGGUCCUCGCAGUGUAUGCCUACCGACAUCAGAUUCACCGCCGGAGUCACCAACAUAUGUCCCCGCUUGCUGCCCAAGAAAUGUCAGUGCGUAUGUCCAACCUGGAGAAUGACAGAGAUGAAAGGGACGAGGACAGCCACGAAGACAGGGGCAUCAUCAGCAAUACUCGCUUCAUAGCUGCGGUCAUUGAGCGACACGCACACAGUCCAGAGAGGCGAAGACGUUACUGGGGUCGCUCAGGAACAGAAAGCGAUCAUGGUUACAGCACCAUGAGCCCACAGGAAGACAGCGAGAAUCCUCCAUGCAACAAUGACCCCUUGUCAGCUGGGGUUGAUGUGGGAAACCAUGAUGAGGACUUAGACCUGGAUGCCCCGCCUCAGACUGCAGCCCUACUAAGUCACAAGUUCCAUCACUACCGCUCACACCACCCCACCCUUCAUCACAGCCACCACUUACAGGCAGCUGUGACAGUACACACUGUCGAUGCAGAAUGCUAAUGAUCUCCUCACCUCCAUGAGAAGAUGGGGCCUGAGAGAUUCAGAAUGUUCUGGAAAGAAAAAGAGUCAGCCUAAAACCCACAACAGGAGACCCCUUGUGUUUGUGCUUUGUCCAGAGUGGUUUAACCCAUUUGCUGCCUGUUGACAUGUUUUAAAACUAAGAAACAACCACUAAGCCACAUUUGUGAGUAUAGGUGGCUGGCUUGACAUGGAGGAGGGUAGCCUGAUUAAUGACCUUGACGUGAUGCUAAGGGAACAGAACAGAAGGCCAACCUCCAAACACAGACACGCACAGUGAAUGAAGCUGAGCCAGCGGAAUGUUUCCAGGAGCCAGGAGCCCUCAGCUCUCCUUAACUGGAAGAGAGCAAAGUCUGCUCAACCAGAGACCAGGGACAUGGCACAUCCAGGAGGCACCAGCAUGUGCACUGAAGAUCACUCUUUGCUUCUCGGUACCUAGACCCCACAAUUGCUGUAUGGAACUCACUUUCAGCUCUAAACGAUGCAUCUCAAAGUUUCUAAGUAAAGGAUUAUUUUUCUACUAUUUAUUGAAUUUUCAAACAAUCUCAAACUUUGGGGGAAAGACAAGGAAACAUGGGAGAAAUUGUCAGCAAUGACCCCUAGCUGUCGUGUGUGUGAUGAAGUGGUUCUUUGAGUGAGGAGUUCUCUUAUUUAACUGGUUAUCGUCCCACUGCUCCAAUCUACAGAAUGGGAAAAUGAAGACGUCUUUCCCUUUGAUUUGUUUACAUCAUUUCAUGGAGACAUAUCUUUAUUCGUACUGCAGUAUUCUUUCUCUGUGUUUGACAGAGGUUGGUGAGGGGUGGAGGAACCCAAGAUGUUUUCAAAGAAAUUGGAUGUUUCUUUAGAAUUCAUUCCCGUCUCCCAUACAAUGCUUUUCUUAGGUUUCUACGAAAUCUAUUAUUACGACCCCAGCCUUUCAGCUUAGGGAGGCUUGGAUUUAUUCUCCUUGUUUUAAAUACUAUAAAUUUUAAAAUGUCUCAUUUUGACUCUGAGAAUAUUAACUACAUGAGGGAAGACAUUUUAAAAUUGUGAAAUUUGGAUUCUUAAAGAUUUCUUUUGAAAUCAUAGUUAAAAGCUGCUGCCAGUUAUUUAAGAAGUCAUCCACCUAACUGCUUUAGAUUUAUACAGGGAUGAAUCAAAUCUGGCUACUAUGACAUGGAGCAUUGUAAUUUUAAAGUAGUGUUCUAAUUACAGUGAUGUAUUUUAGAUUCACAUUUUGUGAUUCAAAUAUGUUAUAAAGACAUUCUUGUACCCGUGUGUGGUAAAUCUCCAUUUAUAUGUAGUUGGGAAAAAUUCACUGAAUGUUUUAAUGAUAAGGUAUUAUGAUAUAAUGUAAAAAAAAAAUUGGUUCUUCAGCAGUACAGAAAGUGAAUUAUAUAUGUGCUAUCCCAAAACCCCUCAUACUGUGUAUAAAAUUGCAGUCUAGUGAAAUAAACUAUAUGCAAUGAA